CUGCUUCUUUACUUUUAUUAACUGUUUCUCAUUCCUCUCAAUUUAGUUCUCAAAUCUCUUUGGUAGCGACAAGAAGUAAGUAAACAAAUUUGCGUAAAUCUUUCAGUCGCAACAACGAUGAAUAUUUUAAGAUCUUUAAUCGUCCUUACAUUUUUUCCGUUAUUUUUUGAUCAUGUAACAUCACAAUACUAUCAAUGUGUUAAUCCACAAAAUACAUAUGGAUACUGUGUGCCUUAUAGUUCUUGUCCGUAUAUCGUGAAUAUUUUAAAAAAUUAUUCACAAAAUAGUGAAGUACUAAGUUUUGUCAGACGAAGUGUUUGUGGGCUCGAUAAAAGAACUCAGCAACAAUAUGUGUGCUGUCCAGUAAAUCAAUUAAAACCCACGCAAGUCAAUCAACAGGCUCAAGAUAGGAAAUUCGUAAGAGUUCAGCCUGGAAAUAGCAUUCAACAACAGUCGACACAACAAAGUGGGAUUUCCCAGCAUCAACAACAACAAGGAACUGGAAACAUUCAUCAGCAUCAGCAACAAACAAUAACAGACUUAUCGUCCGCAAGACUAACGAAAUGUGGAUUUGAUCUUGACAAUCGAAUUUUUGGAGGAACCAAAUCGAAUAUAAAUGAAUUUAAUUGGCUGGCACUUCUUCGAUAUGCGAAACCGGGCUCAUCGAUGCCAGUUUUUAGAUGUGCGGGAUCUUUAAUUAAUAAUCGAUAUGUCUUAACUGCUGCACAUUGUGUCCAUCCACGCCUCUUACAAAACACCAAGAUAGUAACUGUACGUCUGGGCGAGCAUAAUUUACUCACUGACGAGGAUUGUCAAACUUUAAAUGGUCGACGACUUUGUUCUCCUAGCGUUUAUGAUGUACCAAUUGAGGAAGUGCUGAUUCAUGAAAAUUAUUUACCUCAAUCAUUAAAUCAACAUAACGACAUUGCUGUUAUAAGACUAGCUAGAAAAGUUCAGUUUAAUGACUUUGUAAAGCCAAUCUGCUUACAACAGGAUAAAAGCUUGACUAUAACUGAUUUGCUUGGACAGACUUUAGUUGUUACUGGAUUCGGACAGACAGAAGAUGUUCAAAGUAGCAAUGUAAAGCUACAUGUGUCUAUUAAUGUUGUAGAAAAUGAGAAAUGUAAUCAGAUUUUCAGAUCAGAAGGAAGAAAACUAGGCAAUAACCAAAUAUGUGCUGGUGGAAAUUAUAAUCAGGAUAGCUGCAAGGGAGAUUCUGGUGGUCCAUUGAUGAAGCUUGUAAAUAAGAACGGUGAAUUGUUUUGGGUUCUUUACGGAGUUGUAAGCUACGGAACGACACCCUGUGGGAUUGAGGGAAAUCCAGCAGUGUAUACAAAAGUAGAUCAAUACAUUGAUUGGAUUGAAAGUAAACUGAAAGCAUAAAAAAGGGAUCUUGUCUAUCAAUGACUGGACUAAAGUGAACGACUUCUGACAAGUUUUAGACAGCACAUUAUUUAUUUGUAUAAAUGAUAAUAUAAGUAAGCCAAUAAUAAUAAAUUGUUAAUAAUGCUAAGCAAUAAAUGAUUUAUAAGAUUAAUAAGUUUUUAACGAAGCAGUUAGUGGUUUAAUGGUCUUAUAGUCGCUCCUUAGCUGAAUAAAAUUGAGAACGACAGUUUUGUCUAAAUAAUUAAGAGUGUCACCGCUGCAAACUUCUUGUAGAUUUUCGUGUUUAACCAGUAAAAGAUUGCAAAGAGCAUGGAGUAUAUCGAAUAGCUGUGAAACGAGUGAAUCACCUAAUUUCCUCACACAUUUUCUAUAUUCAUUGACAUCACAAAUUGC